AUGGUCGCCUUGGCACCCGGUGCGGAAAUUGUCCCCACUACAUACCACCCCAAGCUCGGGAAUGGAAUGCCGUCUUUGGACAAUGGAAUGCCCAAUCAGAAAGUCGGCGUGAAGACUGUGGAGGUUAAGCCUCCUGAAUAUGACAGCGCCGAUCCGGCUAUUACCUCAAACAGAAAUGGUACCAAACACGAACAAAAUGGGAUCAACGGAUCCAUCGCCUCUGAGAGCUCGCAUGCUCUAUCUGAAAAUGAAUCGAUGACCAUGGAGGUAUUGAAGAUUAUCGAAAGUUAUGGUGUUGACUAUGAGAAAGCGGGUAUUUCCUGGAAGGGCUUUGAGUCUUUCGUUCCAGUUGUCCUGGAGCAAAUUGUCAGACAAGAGCCAAUCCGGAUGAUCUUGCCCGCAUUCCCUUUCAAGUCACCUAAUUCGCGCAAUAAAGUGCUGGGCACUAUGCCCGACUUUGGUGAAGAAUUGGCGUUGGCCCAUUUGAAUGGACUUUGCCAAAACAUCGGCGAAGUAUACGCCCCUGGUGCCGACGUCUACAUCAGUUCGGAUGGACUGGUAUACAAUGAUAUCCUGGGCGUCCCCGAUGAAACCGUUUGGGACUAUGGAGAAACUCUGCGAAAAAUGGCCAUUGAGAAAGAGCUCCAUCAUGUCAAAUUCAUUCGUCUUUUCGAACUUCUCGAGCAUCCAUGGUUCCCAUCCUCAACUCCGGAGGCUGCCAAGGCAACCUAUCUCGCUCAUGCUAGUUGUCUCCGUCGAGAACUGAUGUACACCUUCGCUGACCCGACCUUCGACGCGACGGAGGCUAUCAAAACCGACAAUGAUACAUGCCUGACAUAUCGCGGUUACAUCAAGUUUUUGACCAAAGAUCUAGCGCAUCUGGAAGACAAGGACAAAACUAUGUCAAAGCGCGCUCGACAAGCUCAGAUUGCCGACACGGCACGGCAGAUGAUCAUUCGGGGCAAAAUGUUCGCGGCGGCCAUCAGAGCUAACCGUAAAGACUAUGUACGACUGUCUAUCCACGAGUCCGCGGGCGAGAAAAAGCUUUCUGUCUCGCUUAUUCCACAAAUCCGAGGCUCACUGGGUUUCACACCUUGGCACUCCUCUGUGGCUGUCGGACUGGACGGUACGUAUCGCACGGUCCAUGCCGAAGACGUACGCGACACGCACGACCUCAUCUAUAAGAACGGACAACCCUAUUUCUUCCGCGAGAGAUCAAGUCUCUUUGACUGGACCUCGGACGGCUUAUCCGUCAAGUUCGAGCAUCUCUAUCCCUGCGGACUCAUCAUCCGCCCUGCCGAUAUCGACAAUGUCAAUCCACCACCAUCAAUCCGCUCCAUCCCCAUGAAAAAGGUCCGCCAACUGUCGAACGGCAUGUCGCCAAUUGUCCUACGAGGAUUUUCCGAGACUCUAGAGGAAGAACUCUACGUUAAGAAGGGAGAAGAGCUCGGCAGCAUUCUCCCGUGGAGCUUCGGCAUAAUCCAAAAGGUACGGGACAACGGCCGCUCCGACAAGAUGGGCAACAACGUGACCUCAAACGAGGCCAUGCCGAUGCAUUUCGAUGGGAUGUUCAAAUUCGACGAGAUCACAGACCCAGAAACGGGCGAGAAGAAGAAAGUCCAACAUCCACCCGGCUAUCAGUUUUUCACUUGUCCUGCCACUGCGCCGAAGGGCAACGGGUACACCUUGUUUGCGAGCUCCCGACUGUUUUUCCGGUACCUGCCUCUCCCUUGGACUGCUGAGCGUCUUGAAAAGGUUACCUGGGCGAUGGAUAAUGAUGGGUUCUGGGAUGCGAAGCUCAACAACCUGCACUUGAUCGUGAAGCAUCCUGUCUCUGGACUACCGUGUCUACGUUGGCAUCAGCCUUGGGAUUCGACCAAGACCAAAUUCUCCACCUGUGAUGUUACAAUUGAGAAUGACGAUAAUGACUUGGUCAGGGUUGUGGAUCGCAUCACGUACGACCACAGAGUUUGUCUUCGCUUUGCUUGGGAGAAGGGUGAUCUGCUGGUUAGUGAUAACACUGCUAUGCUGCAUACUCGCACUGGAUAUAUCAGUGACUGUGACCGGGAACUGUGGCGAAUCCACUGUGACUGA